CGGACCAGUUGGGCAGUUCAUGCAGUUGGUUUUAAGACAUCGCCGAAGUAGCGUCGCGCCGCGUUGUCUCCGCGUUGUGUUCCGUACAACCCGUAGGGACGCCAUGGAAUAGAAUAAUGACGGCAGGCGACGAUCGAAGAAGCGCAUCGCGAAUCAUCGACAACGAUAAGGGCCGACCGAAAGGGCCAUGUGAUCAACGCGCAAUACACUCGCUGGAGUAAACGAUAUAGAUUUAUUUUACACGACUGCUAAAAGAAAGAAGUACGUGCUUUUAAUUUAUAACUUGCAUAUAUCUACGAAAAUUCAAAUCGACGUGAAUUGCCAUCGGUGGUGGCUGGGCAACAACAAGACUGAUUAAUAUUUAAGUGUAGUGUUUCCAGUUGUGUUUCAAAAUCGAAUUCUUCGUCUUGUUGUCCUUUCGGUAUUUUAAUUCAAAUACUGUGAUAUUUUCCGUCCGUGGUGGAAUAUAAAAUUGUAUUAUCUGGAUUAUACGCACGAAUCUUUAGUCAACUUCAGCGAACGCUUCUAUAAUUCUUAUUGGAAUAGAAAGAGGCAUUAUAGAGUAAAUAGUAAAGCCCACAAAAGAAGCGAUGAAGAAGCCAGCGCAGAAAAGCAUCCUCUACGCGACCGUCGCCGCCAUCUUGGCUACUUGCACAUUCACUGCCAUUAAUGCUGCCAACAUUCCUGAAACAUCACUACCAACAACAAAGUCGCCGGAAGUCGCGUCGGAUAUACGAGUGGAAUGCAAUAGUGAUGAGAUUGUCGUCAGUGUGAGCACGCGCUCGGGUAGAUUCAAUGGUAUGAUCUAUCCCAGGGGAUUGUCGAAGAAUAGCACGUGUCUUGGCGAAUGGGUGCAGCGGAAGGCGCCCAUCAAGUACAGCCUGCCAUUGAGAGGAUGUAAUACGAUGAGUACUGAAUUGGAUGACGGCGGCAUUGAAUACUUCAACACCAUCGUCGUUCAACCGCAUCUCAAACUGGUCACUAACCAAGGCAAGGGUUUCCACAUCAGGUGUCGAUACAACACGCGCAACAACACCGUGUUAAAUGAUUCUCUCAAAGUCGAUUUGAGUCAUGCUGAUCCGGUAACUGCGACUGCCCAAAUGCCAGGCUGCACGAUGAAGAUUUUCUCCGGUGAUCCCAGUGUAAAAGAAGUGGCUGAAAAUGUAAAAAUCGGCGAUCCUUUGACACUGCAAAUUGCCUUGGACCAACAGGACACCUACGGUCUGCGUAUAACUGACUGUUUGGUCCGGGAUGGUUUGGGCUGGGGUGAACAAAAACUGAUUGGCGGUGAUGGUUGUCCAUUGGAUCCGGAAAUAAUGGGGCUGUUUGAAUACACCGAGGAUAAAACCCGUGCGACUGUACAUUUCCAAGCGCAUAAGUUUCCAUACACUGCUUCAGUAUACUAUCAGUGUAAUGUCAAGUUGUGCGUGAAAGCCGACAAUGGAUGCGAGAAUAUUACACCGUCCAUUUGCGGUGGUAAUCGAUUACGUCGACAAGCGGACAACAGCCAGGUCGGCGAUAAUAGCGAAGGAACCCCGGCGACCAUCGAGGUCUACAGCGGACUCUAUGUCAACGAAGCCAAUGACCUUUCUAAGGCUGGAUUGGACGACGAUUCGGUCUUCAGCGAAAAGAGCCCUGAGGACAGCAUUUGCAUCUCGCAGAAGAGCUUCGCCAUCGGUAUUUGCAUAGCCGGCCUCAUUCUGAUGCUGUGCGUAAUCGCGGCCAUCCUCUGCCUGUUGGCGCGCCGCCGCCACAAGAAGACGUCGUCGAAUCCGAGCAGCUCGAUCUACAGCGGCCCGUACACGAACACCGCGUACAGUCACACGAGCUAAUCGAAUAUUACUUAAACAAAAUAUGACGAAAAAACAACGAACGACCUUUCCAGUGCCAUUUUAACGCGUAUCCCAAGUACCACACACACCUAACUCUUUAAUUUAAUUACUUCUGUCUUUUGGAAGAGCGAAACAAAAACACACAAACAAAAACGGCACGCGUUCAUUCGAGCAAAGAUGACCUCAACUUUUCCAAGCGUUUCCUAAUACUAUUCGUAAUCGUGAUAAUCUAGUACAUACAACAAUUGCGUAUAUUUAAAUAACACAUAUUAUCGGGGAAACCAAUUACACGGUGGUGGGUGAAGUUUAACUUAUUUAGCUGACGUUCAAUUAGAUAGGCGCUGAUGCGAAAUAUUGAAUUUGAUAAAUUCGAAGAGCGUGCUGAUGUUUUCAUGCGCCGCACGCACAUUCAGAUUUGUUAAAUUUGAUUCGCAGAGUAAACAUGCAUUCUUCUUAUAUGUUUCUUCAAUUUGCGCUUGCAGUGUGUACACGGAGUGAGUUAUACUGCAGCGAGAUUGUGCGUAUCAUUGUCACAUUGCAUUCUUCAUGCCAAAAAAAAGUUGUCGUACUUGGCCUUGUACAUAAAUGAAAAAUUACACACCUGCUUCAAUUAAAUGAGAUACUAAUGUGACUCUGGUACCGAAUCUACCAAGGAAUCUUUACGACGAAUUAAUUAUUUACACACUUAAAGAGGUGCUUAAAAUGUUAAUAACUUAAAACAAACAAAAUGAAUAAAAUAUAUUUAAACAUA